AUGGUCCUGGCUGUCCAGUUGCUCUACUUCACUUACAUCUGGAUCACAUUGACAAGUGCCUCUGCUGCCUCUGACAUUAGGAGGCACCAUCAGCGAUGCUCCUCUUCAAUGAAACAAAUCUGCAAACAAGAAACUAGGAUGAACAAAGAUGACAGCACCAAAAUGUGGCCCCAGAAACACAAGCAACUACUCCAUAUAGAAGACCAUGAUUUUGCAAUGAGACCUGGAUUUGGAGGGUCCCCAGUUCCAGUAGGCAUAGACAUCCAGGUUGAAAGCAUCGACAGCAUUUCAGAGGUUGGUAUGGACUUUACAAUGACUUUUUACCUCCGGCACUACUGGAAAGAUGAGAGGCUCUCCUUUCCUAGCACGACAAACAAAAGUAUGACCUUUGAUCACAGAUUGAUCAAAAAGAUUUGGGUGCCUGAUAUCUUCUUUGUUCAUUCUAAAAGAUCCUUCAUUCAUGAUACAACCAUGGAGAACAUGAUGCUACGAGUACACCCUGAUGGAAAUGUUCUCUUCAGUCUCAGGAUAACGGUUUCAGCCAUGUGCUUUAUGGAUUUCAGCAGGUUUCCUCUUGAUACUCAAAACUGUUCUCUUGAACUGGAAAGCUAUGCCUAUAAUGAGGAGGAUCUAAUGCUGUACUGGAAACAUGGUAACAAGUCCUUAAAUACUGAAGAGCAUAUUUCCCUUUCCAAGUUCUUCAUUGAGGAGUUCAGUGCGUCCAGUGGAUUAGCUUUCUAUAGCAGCACAGGUUGGUACUAUAGGCUUUUCAUCAACUUUGUGCUAAGGAGGCACGUUUUCUUCUUUGUGCUGCAAACCUAUUUCCCAGCCAUGCUGAUGGUAAUGCUUUCAUGGGUGUCAUUCUGGAUUGACAGAAGAGCCGUUCCUGCAAGAGUGUCCCUGGGAAUCACCACGGUGCUGACCAUGUCCACGAUUGUCACUGGUGUGAGUACCUCCAUGCCCCAGAUGUCCUACAUCAAGGCUGUGGACGUAUACUUGUGGGUCAGCUCUCUCUUUGUGUUUCUGUCAGUCAUUGAGUAUGCAGCCGUAAAUUACCUCACCACAGUGGAAGAGUGGGAAGAAUUCAAGAGGAGAGGGAAGAUUUCUGGAAUGUACAAUAUUGAUGCAGUUCAAGCCAUGGCCUUCGAUGGUUGUUACCAUGACAGCGGGAGUGAUGUGGACCAGACAUCCUUUUCUCUGCACUCAGAAGAGGACUUCAUGAGAAGAAGAUCCACAGGCAGCCCCAGCACAGAGUCACCUCAGAUAAAGAGAAGAAAAUCCCUUAGAGGAAACAUUGGUAGAAUCAUCCUAGAAAACAACCAUGUCAUUGACACCUAUUCUAGAAUUUUAUUUCCUAUUGUUUUUAUAAUAUUUAAUUUGUUUUACUGGGGUGUGUAUGUAUAA